GCUUUACAGGCAGGCAGCAGCAUCACGCGAGAAUCAGCAAAGGGACGAGAAAGAUGUGCGAAUAACAGCGCCGCUGGUCGCUUCUUUUCAGCGCUGAACGCUUUCGUGGCUCCGAGUCCCCUGCUAUCGGUUAUCCCUCGUUGUUUAACACUCGUCAUGUCGGCCGGGGACGUCGGUGUGCUCCGCCAAGAGGCCGGCAAGGAGGGCUCGAGAAUGCCGGCCUGGAAACGAGAGCUGCUCGAGCGGAGGAAAGCGAAGGGCGGCGGGUCUGGGCCAGGUGUCGACUCUGUCUCUUCUCGGGUUAAUGGCGAGCUAACGGGAAGUGGCAGCGAUGAGGUUACCGGAGCGCAUUCUAACCGGACGUACACCAUUACCCCUGCGGGAAAACGUAGCGGAGCCACCGCCGCAUCCCCGGACAUGUCACCGGUGAAAACAAAAGACCCUUGGUCGGCCAUGGACCCUAACGACAGAGCGACAUCAGCGGAGAAAACAAUAACGGACAACGGCGUGCUUCAAGAGAGCUUGGGUCCCAUAAAGGAGAACCCGUUUAUUAAACUGGAGAAAGAGCGCAAGAAACGACGGGAGCGAGAGAGCGCCUCUCGGCCGCUGCAGCAUAUUUUAGAAAUGUACGGCUCCGUGCCCGGGAUACGGACCAUCCGCGCCGAGAACAUCAUCAUCAUCGAGUCCGACCCAGAAUACUUUCCUGCAUCCGGAACGCAGCAGAACGGCACCGUUAGCGGAUACAGCUCUCUCAGUGACCUGCUGGACCGCAGAGGUAGUCCGGUUACUGAGAUCCGCGCGAAGGAAGUGGUGAUCUACGAUACGGCGCUCAGUAAAAGCGAGGAGAACCUGAGCACGCUGGGUCGCACGAGCUGUGAGCUCUCCGACCUGGCGCAGGGCACGGUGAGUCGCAUGCUGCAGAAAUUCGACCGGAAGUACGGCAAGUUGCACGUGAAGUCUCGCAGCUCGGAGAACCUCCUCGACUUAGACACGAGUCCUGUCCUGUCAGGUCCACGAGCCAGAUUCCAUCAUCCAGAUGUGGUGCCAAAAUGUGCGCCGUGCCCACAACCUGGCUCUCCUGUUCACAGCCCAGCGUGCUAUAGCCAUUCAGUCUUCCAUGGUAGCCAGUCUUCCGAGCGGAAAUAUCACGAGUCUCCUAACGGUUCUGAAAGUAGCAGCCCUGUUCCAGGAUCCCCUCAGUCAGUGUCUUCCUUCCGGCGUCACUUUGAGGUUGUAGGUGGAGUGUCGCGCAGUGUCACCGUCAACCCUAGAGAGGAGACCGAGAGGAACCAUUCCAAGCUUGUGAGGGAGCGGGACUGGGACAGCGCUGAUGGGGUGUCCAAAGCCAAGGUGCCAUGCUCUCCGGAGAGCCACUGUGCCCGUGCCGAGUCCUUGGCAAGCCCCACGCUGCCCCUUAUUUCACCCAGAUUUGAGAUCCGGCCUUCGCCGCGCCCGGAUCUGUCUGCGUUGCCUGCCAGUGACGUCCAGGCUCGUGCCCUCGCCAACCUGCGCCUCCAGUCCCGCAAUUCCUUCACCGUCAUCCCCAAGCGGCUCGGGGUCCCAUCGGCGCCUGGCAACACCGCGCCCUCCAGCCCCGUUCUGUCUCCUGCUUGCCCACACGUUGAGCUUUCAGUGCCCUCAGUGCCAACGCCUGCCCUACCCAUUCCAGCUUCCCCAUCUCCAGAAAAAAUUGUUGUUGCCCCAGUGCCACCUGUGCCAGACAAAACAGAACUGACGCGUCCCGAAAGGCCCAGCUUGCCCACCUCAUCCUGUGACUUAUCAAUCCUUUCGCCUGAUUCACUCAAAAAAACGACAUCGCUCCCUAUUCCCGAGCCGGCUCUCGAGAAGCUGCCCGUUACUAAUAUUGACGACUUAGUAGUGGAGCCCUCACCGCCCUUUCCCAGCCCUGUGGUGCAGAGGAGGAAAGGAAACACAUUUACAGUCGUCCCAAAACGCAGGACUGAGCCCCAGCCUAGCACUCCUGCUGUCCAGGAGCCUGUUCAGGAGCCUGUCCAGGAGCCUGCCGCAGUGCCACAGGGGUCGCCGUCCUCUACGGAGGCUCCUUAUGCCCAGCUAGGAACGCUACUGAAAAAGCGUUACCCGGCAGUUGAGGACAUCGAGGUGAUCGGUGGAUACCUUUCACUGGGCCGAUCCUGUUUGUCCAAGACUGGCUCCACAGGAAAGAAGCUGAAGAUCUCUUUUAACGAGUCGAGCCUGCAGAGCACCUUCGAGUACCCAUCCGAGAGCAGCUUCUGGGACAGCGGCGAUGAGGAAGAAGAUGGAGGAGCAGUGGCAGGAGGAGGAGGAGAGGAAGACGGAGCCGUCAGCGUGGAAAGGAUCCGCAUCCCCCGGCCGAGUUACACCUCCAGCCCGACCGCUCACAGCCCCAACAGUACUGAUCUAUCCAGCUACACUCCAAAGCACUCUGUGGAGUUCACUGCGUGGCAGGAGAAGAAGCUCAGUGACUCUACAGACCCGGGCGAUGCAAAUUCCCAGCGUACUGACAUGUCAGAUGAGGUGAUGUUGACGCCAGCAGACAGCUCCUCUCUCUCCGACUUCAGCAGUGAACCAGCUCUAUACUUCUAAAUUUCCCCAGAACCCUGGAGCACACUGGACCAACCACCAGCCGGGACAACUCACAACCCCACACACACACACACACACACACAUAGACACAAGAACCAGUAGCAUUCACACAAACAAGCUGUCUUUCCAUUCCAUCUCUGCUGAGGUGUUACCAGCCAACCUGUACGGUUGAUUUGAUUUGCUCUUGACUUCCUGUCUCCAUGUGCUUUAUGUACUGCGAGAGA